UAAAAGUUUCUAAGACAAAAGAAGAAGAAGUACUGAAGCAUCAGUACAUAGAUGAUUACAAGCUAUCUUUAGCGACACAGGAGAGUAAACAACACUGUCUAACGGAGGCAGAAUGCCUCGUUAUGCUCAGCUGGUGAUGGGCCCGGCGGGCAGCGGGAAGAGUACCUACUGCUCGACCAUGGUCCAGCAUUCGCAGGCCUUCAACCGCUCAGUCCAGGUGGUCAAUCUGGACCCAGCAGCUGAGCACUUUGACUAUCCUGUCAUGGCUGACAUCCGUGAGCUCAUCCAAGUAGAUGACGUGAUGGAGGAUGAUUCUCUCAGAUUUGGCCCUAACGGAGGUCUAGUUUUUUGCAUGGAGUACUUUGCCAACAACUUUGACUGGCUGGAGGAGAGCUUGGGUCACGUUGAAGAUGACUACAUAUUGUUUGACUGCCCAGGUCAGAUUGAGCUUUACACACACCUCCCCGUAAUGAAGCAGCUGGUGGAACAGCUCCAGCAGUGGGAGUUUCGGGUUUGUGGGGUCUUUCUGGUGGACUCUCAGUUCAUGGUGGAGUCUUUUAAGUUUAUCUCAGGAGUCAUGGCUGCCCUGAGUGCCAUGGUUUCACUAGAGAUUCCUCAAGUAAACAUCAUGACAAAAAUGGAUCUGCUUAGUCCCAAAGCCAAGAAGGAAAUUGAAAAGUACCUGGAUCCAGACAUGUACUCAAUGAUGGAAGAUAACUCGGAUACCAUCAGAAGCACAAAAUUCAAGAAGCUAACCAAAGCUAUUUGUGGUCUGAUUGAUGACUACAGUAUGGUGAGAUUCCUCCCUUUUGACCGCACAGAUGAAGAAGGUAUUAACAUAGUUCUGCAACACAUCGACUUCUCCAUACAGUAUGGAGAGGACCUGGAGUUCAAGGAGCCAAAGGAGGUGGAUGAAGAGGCUGCUAACAUAAAUUAUGAUGAGAUUUUUGAAGACAAAGUGAGCAGCUGAGGGGUAGUAUGAAGACCGAAGACGUUCUGUCUGCAUAUGGAUGCCGGUGAAUGGACGUGUGGGGGAAAAAAAGGACUGUCAUGGAUGUCAUUUUUAUGUAUAAAGUUUUUCUUUCUGUUGUGGUGUCUCAAUAAAUUGAGAAAUUCAA